GAUUUCUUCAUCAACAAUGGAGGAGGAAAGCGAGGUGGGAAGAGAGAGCGAUCUGAAGGCGGCAGGGGCGGAGCUGCUUCCAGAUGGACGGCGAGGAUUGCAUCUCAAGGGAUGGAAGAUCGAAUCCCUCCAUCGAUCCAUUCUCACCUCUCUCGCCAUCCAAGAGUGGGAAGAAAAGCUCGGAACAUCACACUUACCUGAGAUGGUUUUUGGAGAGAGCUCUCUAUGUCUUUCACAUGUGGAUAGCGGUGUUAAACUGCAUUACAAUGCCUUUGAUGCUCUAAAGGGAUGGAAGCAGGAGGCAUUGCCACCCGUUGAAGUCCCUGCAGCAGCAAAAUGGAAAUUUAGAAGCAAACCGUUUCAGCAGGUGAUACUCGACUAUGACUAUACGUUCACGACACCUUACUGUGGAAGUGAGGCAAUUGAACCAAAUCAAGGAAAGAUAACUUCUGAAAAUUCAUGUUUCGAUCUCCAGUGGGAGGACUGUGAUGAACGAAUUGAUUUAGCAGCACUCUCAGCUAAGGAGCCAAUAUUGUUUUAUGAUGAGGUGAUUUUGUAUGAAGACGAGUUGGCUGAUAAUGGGGUAUCACUCUUAACAGCAAAAGUGAGAGUGAUGCCGAGUUGUUGGUUUCUUCUACUUCGUUUCUGGCUUAGAGUAGAUGGAGUGCUGAUGAGAUUAAGGGACACUCGAGUCUAUUGUGCUUUUAAUGACAAAGCUAAACCUGUCAUUCUUCGUGAGAGCUGUUGGAGAGAAGCAACCAUCCAAAGUUUAUCCUCUAAAGGUUUUCCAACAGAUGCUGCUGUUUAUGGUGAUCCAAGCCACAUUAGCCAGAAGCUCCCCAUAAUCAAACAUAAGACCCAGAGGCUGAACAUCCCUGGUUAAGCUUUCUAACUGAGCAAGCCCAUGUCGCUACGAGCCUCUCCUCUUAACCUUGGAUGGACAAAACGUUCGUAAUUAUACGUGUUUUGGUUCAUUUAUAGCAGUGCAUAUAUAGCAUGAUCUUUAUAUUAUUGAUCUGUCUUUCAUUGUGAUCUUAUCAAUACAUCUGUAAUAUGCUAUAUUUUUCUGUAAGUUUCAGUAUGCGACCUAAUAAACUAAAUCAAGAUUCUGGCUCUUAAGAAAAAAUCUUUAGGAUUUCGAUGUUAUUUUCA